GAAUCACAUAAUAUAACCAACUAGUUGAACAUUAGAAGCCUCCAUCAUCCACUGGAUCACUGCCAUCCAACAUCAAAGGGACCAACCCUAAGCUCAGUGGUCACUCGAGCUCGACGAGCUGCAACAAUGGCGAUGGCAAUGGCAAUGGCCUUGAGAGCCGUAGCCAUGACCAAGCCUCCUCCUUCCUCUUCUCCACUGAAAACCAAUUCCAAGCUUCAUUCCCCCAAGCACCACCACCCUCCUUCUCUCUUCUCCCCAUCCUCCACUUCCUACUCCAUCAUCGCUCUUGUCUCUAGCUCCAGCUCCGAGGCCAAAGCCCUUUCCUUCGCCAAAGACGACAUCGUCUCGUCCCUGACCAAGGUUGAGGAGACGAUAGAUCAGGUGCAGGAUGUGGGAUCCAAGGCCUUGGAUUUCUCCCAGUCUGUAAUCAAGACUCUUGUUGAUGUCUUGAAGCCUGGGAUCGAUGCAGCGCUGCCAGUGCUGCGGAGUGCUGGUGAUGAGGCUUUGAAGGUGGCUUCUCCUGUUGUUUCUGAAGCUGCGAAGCAGGCUACUGAGGCUCUCCAGAGCGCUGGAGUGGAUCCCUCCCCGGUUAUCACUGCUGCUAAGACUCUUGCAGGUGCAGCUCAGCAAACUGGCAAAGUAGUAGAAGGGGCAAAGCCUAUAGCUUCAGCAACAGUGCAAACAAUCUCAUCCGCUGAUCCUUCAGUGAUUGUUGUUUCGGCUGGAGCAUUAUUUAUCGCAUACCUUAUUCUUCCACCAAUUUGGUCUGUUGUUUCUGUCAACUUCCGCGGUUAUAAAGGCAAUCUGACUCCUGCUCAAGCUCUUGACUUGAUUUCUACCCAAAACUAUCUAAUGAUCGAUAUAAGAUCAGAGAAGGACAAGAACAAGGCUGGUAUUCCUGUCCUUCCACCAAGUGCUAAGAACAAGAUGAUAUCAAUCCCUGUAGAGGAGCUCCCAAGCAAGAUUAAAAACCUUGUAAGGGAUUCAAAGAAAGUUGAAGCUGAAAUUGUUGCGUUGAAGAUUUCUUAUCUCAAGAGAGUCAAUAAAGGUUCCAACAUUGUCAUCAUGGACUCAUACUCUGGUACUGCAAAAGUUGUUGCUAGGGCACUCACCAGUCUUGGCUUCAAAAACAGUUGGGUCAUGACAGAUGGGUUUUCUGGGAGCAGAGGGUGGUUGCAAAGUCGUCUAGGGACAGCAUCAUACAAUGUGUCCAUAGCUGAGAUUCUGUCUCCUUCGAGGAUCAUUCCUGCAUCUAGAACGCGAUUUGGAACGACAAGUUCAGCUGCUGUGCAAUCAAAUCAGAAACUUCUUCCAGGGAGUGUUGAUAACUGAGGAUUUCUUGAAGGAAAAUCACCUCAACAUGAUGCUCUCCUCAACCAAGUCUCUUGUGGCCUCUGUUCUGUACAUGAAAAAUACGUGUAUUUUUAAUGUAAUCUUCUUUUGAGUCCCUUCCAUUUUCUUCUGGAUGUAUUCCAUUCAACCAAAAAUAUCUGUUAGCUGCAUGAUAUAUAAAUGCAAUUGUUUUUCUUAUGCUAAUAGUGCAUGUUUUGCCACAGUGUGCAAAUUUAAAAUUUUAUGUA